AUGAUCCAGGGUACCGCCAGAACAGCAUUGAAGACAGGUGCUUCCCGGUUUUUGAGCACCCCUCGUGUUUUCCAAAGGACGAAAGUCACGCUGCCCGAGUUGGACUGGGAUUUUGGUGCGUUAGAACCGCACAUCUCUGGCCAGAUCAACGAGUUGCACUACACGAAGCACCAUCAGACGUACGUGAACGGGCUGAACACCUCUGUGGAGAAGAUGUCUGAGCUAACUGAUCUGCUUGCCCGCGAACCCACCCCCCAGGUGGCCCGCGAAAUCAUCGCACUGCAACAGAACAUCAAGUUCCACGGGGGCGGGUACACCAACCACUGUCUCUUCUGGAAGAACCUGGCCCCCGAAAAGCAAGGCGGUGGCCAACUACCGGAGGGGCCCCUGAAGACUGCCAUUGAGAAACAGUUCGGCUCAUUGGACCAGCUGAAGACGCUGACGAACGGCAAACUAGCCGGGGUGCAAGGGUCUGGCUGGGCGUUUAUAGUCAAGAACUUGGACAACGGCGGGAAGCUGGACGUCGUGCAGACGUACAACCAGGACACGGUCACUGGGAACAUGGUACCGCUCGUUGCCAUCGACGCGUGGGAGCACGCCUACUACCUACAGUACCAGAACCGCAAAGUGGACUACUUCAAGGCCAUCUGGAACGUCAUCAACUGGGAGGAAGCCGCUAAACGGUUCGAGUCCGAGAAGAUCCUGUCGUAG